CCUCCGUCACGUGCCUUGUCCCGCCCACAACGCACCACCCUAAGGAAACGGGCGAAAAAUUUCCAGCUCCACACAAGCCCUCUGGCUGGAAUUGCUCUGCAUCUCGAGACUUCACGAUCCACGACCUCAAACCGACCCCGACGACAAACCUCCUAACCCUUCGCAGCAUCACCACCUGCCACCACCACAACCGCCAAGAUGGGUCGUCUUCACUCCAAGGGAAAGGGUAUCUCCGCCUCUGCGCUCCCCUACUCGCGCGCUCCCCCCGCCUGGCUCAAGACCACUCCUGAGCAGGUCGUCGAGCAGAUCAGCAAGCUCGCCAGGAAGGGUGCCACCCCUUCGCAGAUUGGUGUCAUCCUCCGUGACUCCCACGGCGUUGCCCAGGUCAAGAUUGUCACCGGUAACCGCAUUCUGCGCAUCCUCAAGGCUCAGGGCCUCGCUCCCGAGAUCCCCGAGGACCUUUACAUGCUCGUCAAGAAGGCCGUCUCCGUCCGCAAGCACCUCGAGCGCAACCGCAAGGACAAGGACUCCAAGUUCCGCCUCAUUCUGAUCGAGUCCCGCAUUCACCGUCUCGCCCGCUACUACAGGACCGUCGGUGUCCUGCCCCCCAACUGGAAGUACGAGUCCGCCACCGCCAGCACCAUGGUCGCAUAAGCAUAGGUGGUCGACGUCCGCCGGUGGGCAAUAGGAGGGAAAGGGUUGGAAGCCAAUGGAUUCUCUGGUCAAGGAGUUCGGGAUGAUGAACUUUUCACGGAAAAAAUAUGCAUUUAGAGCCAUGAUGCAAUGCGCGUCCGGUCUUAGACCAAGACGGUGGCUCUGCGGUUGAAAAUUAAAUUCAAGCGUCGACUACCGAACCAAA